AUGUCGAAUAUAUGCAUACAACUGCUUUUUUGUCUUCUUAUCCUUUGGUUUAAAACGAGUGCAUUUAUUCCAUUUCCACUACUAGCUGAUGGUGGUCAAACUAGUGAUAGUAUUACACAUGCCGAAAUAACACAAUCUGGUUUCAUUCGUUGUUUAGCUCGUUUCUUUUAUGAAACACGUAUUCAACUGAAUAGUAACAGUAAGAACGCUGUCAAUCAACAAGAAUAUUUUGCUCAAAACCAUACUAUCGAUGGUCUUUAUAAACUUGCAUUUCCAGACUACAAUCGAGCUCAAAUAGAAUUGCAUUCACUUCCAUUAAAAUUUAUUCUUGAUUCUAUCAUGACACACAAUGCUCUUGUAGAUUUUGAUUCAGACACACAGAAACUCUCAGCUGCACAUUUUGAUAGUGAAGCAUUCAUAAACGGUAGUCGACGUAUUCUUAAGCUUAAGCAAAAAAUUUUGAAUGAUGUACGUGAUACUAAUAAAGAUUUGACUAAUGCACGUGAAUUACUUGGAAAAUUGCUUCAUACAUUACAAGAUUUUUAUUCACAUUCAAAUUGGAUUGAAAUGGGUAAAACUACUAUUAAUGAUCGUAUUGGAGUCAACGAAAGUAUCGGUUCAAUUGCUGAUCCUAAUCAACCAACCUGUACAAGUGAUGGUUGCACACGAAUAACGAAGAAAUGCACUCUUUGGCAAUUAUUCACGUUGAGAACUUGUCCUAUUGUAUAUUAUGAUUGUAAAAAUAACAUUUUACCAGAAAUCAAUGAUCAAAACUUACUGACCAGUGGAUAUCUCUUUAACCAAUUCAAUGAAAAUAAUGAGCUAUUAAACAAACCAACAAAUGUCAAAAAAUGUUCUCAUGGUUCAGUGAGUGAUGAUUCAUCGCAUAUACCAGCUAUCGGUGGAAUUAAUAAAGAUUCUAAUACCUUGAUUUUCUCACCUCAUUCUAAUCUUCAUUUUCAAGCUGCUGAUUUUGGUGUGAAAGCAACUGAACAAUUCUUAAAUGGUUUACGUAAAGACGCUGGAGAUGAUAAUUUCGAUCGUCUUUUUGCUAUUAAUCCAACACACACACAACGUCAAAAUGCUUCAAAGGCUAUUGAAAAUGGACAAAGAUUUCGAUUUUUUACAUCAUUUAUUUCAGUUAGUUUGAAAGAAGAUCAUAGUCUUUUUAUGGAAUUUAAAAACUGGAUUAAAAAACGUGUCAAUAUGAUUAAAUUAAUAUUAAACAAUAUCUUUUCUAGUGAGACAAACUUUUAUGUACCAACGUAUGAUUUAAGUGACUUAGGAGUUACUGUCAAAGAUGCGACAAAUUUUCGUGCUGCACCAUAUAUUAUUGAAAGUGAAAGCGCCCGAAACAAGAGACGUUUGAUUCAUAUUCUUCGUAAACGUAUAUAA